AUGGUGGGCGUUCCAAAGAGCAAAGGAUGCCAGACAUGUCUCCAGCGACGGGUGAAGUGCGAUCUACUACGCCCAGAAUGCACUCAGUGCACGCGAUACGGCGUCGACUGCCCCGGCUACACCCGUCCUCAUAAAUUCAUGGACGAAGGCCCACAACUGCGCCAACGAUUCAAGAAGAAACAAUCCCAGUCUACGGCUACCCCUACCCAGCCCUCCGAGUCCAUCGAUGAGCGCAUCAUACCAUCCCUCGUAGCACAAUCAAUGGGCAAACAACAACCCGUGGUCUUCGGCUCCUUCGUCCUCACAGCCUUCACGCGCUGGUUCGGACUGAAUCGAUACCGAGUCCAUAUGCCCUGGACGGCAUACAUCGCACAGCAUGGGGGUCAAAGUCCCGCCUUCGACGCAGCCAUCUUCUGCGUCAAUGCAAUCUUCAUGGGUCAGAAACAUAGCAAUACCAUGCUGCGGCGCUCAAGUCGCGAAGUAUACAGCAACGCGCUACGUUUGUUCGGUGGUCGAAUUCGCAACGCAGAGGCGAUGAAAUCCACCGAAAGUGUGAGCAUUACCAUUGCACUGAGUCUGUUCGAGGCAUACUCACGCACCAAUCCGGACUCGUGGGCUCACCACGCAGCCGGAACGGCAUUAUUAAUGGAACAUCGCGGUCCAAAGGCCCAUCUCGCCGGCUUCGACCGGUGUCUCUACCUCUCCUUCCGGAGCUUCCUCGUCGCAGAAGCCUUUGUCAGAGGCAGACGGUGUAUCUUCGAACUACCAGAGUGGCAGGAACACAUUGACCAAGUUCGAAUAGAGGACAUGUCUUCACCACGCGUCGACGGACCUAUCGCCCUCUUCAUCGAUCUACAAGACCGGAUAUUCAAAGAAGUCGUCAAGGUACCGGGCCUACUAGUCCAAGCGCGCGAGUUGCAUACCGCGGAUGACCCACCACACACAAGACAACUUCUAUCGGCACAGGUUCUGAGAAGCAGUCAGGCACUGUACACUCUAUCCGCGCAUUUGCGCCUUGCCGCUGCCGUGCAGAGCUAUCAGUGGUGUAACGGCAGCGCCGCCAACAAGAAGAAGGUGCCUUUCAUCGGACCCAUCCCGUCCACAUUCCCGCAAGAAUUCGCAAAUAGCGUGCUCCGUGGCGUUGACCACUGCGUUUACAUUCUCCGACUUCUACUUGAUCACCUUGAGAGUGAUGAAGUCCGGGCAACACAUGGCAGGUCAGGUCAAGACGAGGAUGUCUCGCUCGCAGACCCGCUACCUUUUCGCUUUGUUUCAAGGUUGAACGUGAACAAAGGGAAGGCAGCAGGAUCAGACAUGAAUGAGGCGGAGGAGAAGAUGCCAUCUCCGGACAAAUGGCUCGAUCUUGUCGCUGCAUCGAUGGGAUUAGAAGCAUUCGACGUGAUCACAUGCGCGUCGCCGAGUCCUGAUCUUAGUAUUUCAGGGCAAUUGAGUGAUCCGAGCGAGUGGAACACUGCUGUGUCCAUACGAUGA